AUGGCAUCGUCCUCGGACGCAGCCCUCACGUUAGCAUCGACUGCUAUAUGCGUCGCUCUCAUAGUAGCUAGGUGUUUUUACCGCCUCAUAUUCCGCUGCCACAUCCACACGACCUGCCACCGACGAUGGCGCAUCGACGACUUUUACAUGACAAUCGCGGUGCUGCCGCUUGUUGGGCGCGCUGUCUGUAUACUCCUCUCGUUCACGCUGAAUCCGGACCAUACGUACGAUCCUGCGACGGAGGCGGAGGCGCAGACUUGGGGACAGAGUGUGGAGAGUAUUGAUGGGGAUAGAGAGCUUUCGCAUAAGCUUCUCAUACCUGCGCGGAUAUUCUACGCCAUGUUUCUGUGGUGUUUGAAGUUGGGGCUAUUGGCCUUUUAUUCACGCUUCAUUGAUGUGUUUCGCUGGGGCAAACUCGUCACGGAUGCGCUUUGGUGGUUCAUCAUCGCCACGUUCAUCGCGGUCUUUAUAACAAUCCUCGCCGAAUGUCGCCCUCUAUCAUUAAUGUGGGCGCUCAAUUACGAUGAUACGAAAGUCGCAUGCAAUCGCGCCGUCGGCAACCUGAUAUUAAUGGCGGUUUGCAACAUAAUAAUAAAUAUUGCGCUUAUAAUCCUUCCGUUUCCGAUGCUUCGACAUCUCCGGCUCGAUAUCAAGGAGAAAGUACAGCUUGGCUUCUUGUUCAGCGUUGGUGCUGUGUUGGUAGCCAUUACGAUCCUCCGCCUCCCUCUCAUCCUCAACGAGUCCGUUUCUCAACGAUCCCGAUCGAUGUGGGCGUCAAUUGAGAUUCUCUGCGCAUGCAUCGUCUCCAACACUCCCUUCUUCUACGCUCUCGUCAAAGACAUGAAACGACAGCACGACGACCGCCCCGAACGAUCACCGUCGAACGCUACAAAUCCAGGGGACUUUGACUUUUACGAUCUACAGAGCCUACCGUCCUCAGCGGACCAAACUUUCUCAGUUCAGCCAAGAUCACCGCUCCGUUCAAUCGGCUCCGGGUUGUUCUUGGCUCGCCGUGGUCGGCACAAGGACCUUGAAUCGCCAUCAUCAAACAAUGUCAAGGUCAUUUCAUCGACGCCAACCAUGCUUGAACAGCGUGUAGCAUCUUGGCUCGACUCCCUCCCCAACGAAUAUCUCCCAUCCGAAACCCUCUCCAAAACCUCGAAGCGAAAGGCAGCGCUGCCUAGUCCGCCAACUUCAGACUCAAUGGAGGGAACAACUCCAAAGCGCCGUCGCCUCAUCGAUCCGGAUCGCACGCCGCGCGCUGCAAACCUCCCUCCUCCUUCAUCCACUGGUUCGUCCGCUUCGAGGUCUGAAUCAGGCGAGGGGUCACGAUCGAGUUCGCCAAAGAAACAAAUGCUCAGGCUGAGGCUGGAAGAAAGAGGGCUUGAAUGCAGACAACUAAACGUCGACACCGCGCCCCCGGUCAUCUCCUGUCUUCUUGAUACGAUUGAAGAGAUUGUAAGCAGGAUUGAGAUCUUGCCUGCUGACAAGAAGAGUGCUAUUCUGGAUAGCCCGCUGGUUCGGGGACAGAAUACGCGCUUGUGGAGGUUUGCGUUCAAAGAAGAGGGUGAAGAUACGUUGCCGGGACGAGUUCCUCUCUCGGAAGAAAUAUCUCAAAUCUGUGAUUUUGCUCGUCACUGUCAUGACACAAAUCAUGAAGAGGCGGCUUGGAAUAUGGAAGUGCAUCAUCGUCUGUUACAAGCUAUCCUCAGAGAACCCAACACUCCCAUAGCCACGCCUCUCAACUUUACUACCUGUACCACCGCCCGUCCGCACCGUCGCUUCGUACCCUACUCCUCGACAGCCAAAAUGGUCGACUUCUGCCUCUACCUCAAGCCCACCGAUUCCCACGCCCUCCAAGCCCUCGGCCGCCGAACACCAACCCUCACCGUAAACCACACCGACUUCGCGCCCCUCCAAUUGUCCCCUAUAGUUCUGAGCAUCGAGACUAAGCGUCCUGGCAAAGAACUCGACGCUGCGCAACUCCAGAUGGGAGUCUGGCAUGCUGCGCAAUGGGCUUUCCUCCGCUCCGUCAUUGGCCUUACAGCACAGCCCUUGACAGCAGAAGAGGAAAUACUGCGAAAACAAAAAGCGAACGAUGUUUUGGGCCAAUUGGGAUUUAUACCGGGGAUUAUCGUGCAGGGUCAUCGCUGGCUCUUUGUGUUUUCGACGUUGGAGGGGGACAAGACUGUUCUUUGGACGGAGAGACAGUUCGGCACGACGCAGAGUAUUCUGGAUACGUAUGCUGUUGUCGCCGGGAUAAGGGAGCUGGCCAGAUGGGCGAGGGAUGUUUACGUUCCUUGGUUCAGGGCAAAUGUUCUCGAUGGGUUCCAGUCUACGGAGGUGGGAUGA